AUGGCUUUCACUUUCGCUGCUUUUUGCUACAUGCUGUCUUUGGUCCUGUGCGCGGCGCUCAUCUUCUUCGCCAUCUGGCACAUAAUUGCCUUUGAUGAAUUAAGGACCGAUUUCAAGAGCCCCAUAGACCAGUGUAACCCUGUUCAUGCGAGAGAACGGCUGAGAAACAUCGAACGUAUCUGCUUCCUUUUGAGAAAACUGGUGCUGCCAGAAUACUCAAUUCACAGCCUUUUCUGUAUCAUGUUCCUGUGUGCCCAGGAGUGGCUGACGCUAGGGCUGAAUGUUCCUCUACUCUUCUAUCACUUUUGGAGGUAUUUCCAUUGCCCUGCGGAUAGUUCUGAACUAGCCUAUGAUCCUCCUGUGGUCAUGAAUGCAGACACCUUAAGUUACUGUCAAAAGGAGGCCUGGUGUAAGCUGGCAUUCUAUCUCCUCUCCUUCUUCUACUAUCUUUACUGCAUGAUCUACACUUUAGUGAGUUCUUAACUGAAAGAUAACCCGCGUCAUCAGAGACUGGCACCGGAAAAAGGACGGAGGCUUGAGGAAAGAAGUCAAUUGACACUGGAGAUUGGAUUGUAAGGACCUGGAGGAGGCGGUGGAUUUGGAAGCUGAGGCCCUUGGUAGAGCGUGUGGAGAAGAAAAAGAGAGAGAGACCCAGUAGGCAGAAUGACUGGCUUCAGAGCUGAAAGAAUGCAGCCCGUGGGCUGAAUGAACAGCGAUCGGCUCUUGUUACUCUGUGCAUGGCAGCCUUUGGCAUUCCAAAUCCCACUCAUGAGCUGUAUAUCACUCCUGAGGACUGGGAGAG